AAUGUUUUUUUCUUGCUCAAGGGCAGGGAGCAGAAAACUAUUAAAAUAGACAUGUUGAAGUUUGGAAGUAAGAAGAAUUUGAUUGAUGAAAACAAAUGUACAAUUCGGUUACUGGAUGACACUGAGGUAGUUGAGUGCGACUUCCAGAGCUACCAUAAAGGGAGAUACCUAUUGGAUUUCAUCUUUAACCGCCUAAACCUCAUUGAAGGUGAUUAUUUUGGAUUGCGCUAUGUGGAUCAACAUAAGCAAAGGCACUGGCUUGAUCCCAAUAGGAGCAUUCUCAGGCAAAUGAAAGGAGUGCAUCCGCUGUUGCUGUGUUUCCGUGUGAAGUUCUACCCGUGUGAGCCGCUGCAGCUGCAGGAGGAAGUAUCGCGCUAUCAGCUCUUCCUGCAACUGCGACGCGACCUGCUGCACGGCCGGCUCUACUGCCAGCAGGCGGACGCCGCCCACCUGGCCGCCCUUCUGCUCCAGGCCGAGUUGGGCGAUCACUCGCAGCAGCCUGAAGGCUACGUGCAGCAAUGCCAGCUGCUGGCGCGCCAGACGCCCAAGCUGGAGGAGAAGAUCGAAGAAAUUCACGCGACGCUCGCGGGCCUCUCGACAUCGCAAGCCGAGACAACCUUUCUUAAAAAGGCUGCUGCGCUCGACACCUAUGGCGUCGAUCCUCACCCAGUCAAGGAUCAGAAAGGCAACCAAGUGUUCCUAGGACUCUCCCAUUCUGGACUUCUCACGUUUCAAGGCUCAAAGAAAACUCAGCAUUUCCGCUGGAAUGAAGUACAGCGUCUGAACUAUGAGGGCAAAAUGUUCAUCGCGCACAUCACCAUCAUGGAGGAUCCCAGAACCAAGACGAAGCACACAGUUGGGUUCAAGUGCUCUUCGGCGUCUGCCUGCAAGCAUCUGUGGAGGGCUGCUGUGGAGCAAAGGCUCUUCUACACGCUGUCCAGCUCGAGCAAGCGUGGCGUGGUGGUGACGGGUGGCAGUUUCUUCUCGCGAGGCUCGCGCUUUCGCUACCAGGGCCGCUGCGAGCGCGAGGUCAUCCUCGACAGCACCGGCAUCCUCAGAGAGGCUCCCCGAGUGCGGCGGGCGCCCCAAUUGCUUCCCCGUAGCAACUCCCUGCCCACGACGCCCCCGGACCCCGAGCACCCAAACGAUGGGGAUGACCAAGACGACGCCGCUGCCCACCGCCGCCUGCCCUACAUCGACCGCAGCGCCAGCCUGGACGAUGAGGCGCUCUGUGGGGGCGUCUCCCCCGCCACGCCCCACUCGGGGUCGCGCUGCGUGUCGUGUUGCCCCGAGUCGAGUCUGCCGCCGCUGCUGGAGCCUGGUGGUGCUGAGGCCGGAGAGGCUGGAGAGGCACUUGCUGCUGAGGCGCUGGAGGCGCAUGAGGACGAGCAAGCGCUGCACACUGCCUGGUCGCGCGGUGCCUACAGUCGCAGCCACACCAUAGACCUGCCCCAGGACGCCAGCGCCGAUGUCUAUCACCACACGGGAUCGCUGCCCCGCCACAUCGCUUCAGGCACACCACCCUCACCACAAGACCAGACGUCCCUGCACCGUCACCACAACACUCCUGAGCUGCACCACCUCGGCUCGACGCACCUUUGCAACCCCGAGCUGCUGCACCAUCACGGCUCGACGCACCUCUGCACCCCUAACUCUUCACCUGCCGGGCACCCCGCUCUCGCACACCGACGAUCUGCUACACCUGAAGGUGGCUCAUCUCUACGCUACGGGUCUCUUCCCCGUUCGCCAAACUCUCGCCUAGCUGAUUUCCAUAUGCCGGGCACUCCUCAGCUUCAUCCGUCACCUGGUCCCAGACCUCACGCCUCUCCUCAGCUGUACUCUUCUGCACAUAGCCUCCCUUACCUCUCCUCAUGCGCACAGGACCGCCAACCAUAUCCUUAUGUUGCACACGACGACCGUUUUUCUAGUGCCGCCACUCAUUACGACCAGCAAUCUUACGACCAACGUGUCAGUGACCAGCGCCAGUCGAGACACGUGGCCAACAUCUAUGGUUAUUUGCAGAGGACAUCUCUUUGGCAGCGCGCGUUUGGUUUCUUGAACGUGUUUGUGCGAGUUUUGGUCUGCGUUGUGCUGUUGGUGGCGGUGGUUGGGGUGUGUGUGUUGGAGAGCAAGCCUGCAGGACUGUUGCACGGCCUGCGGUCGCGACCAGAGAUGCUUCUGUUGCGGGUACAAUAUUACCAGCCCAUUAAAGACGCGCUCUUGUCUUCUAUUGGAUGGGCUGCAGCCCCUGAGUCUGAUGGCUCCUGAAGGACUAGCCUGGUUCACGCCAUGACGAUUGAAUCAAACUACUCUUCAAUUGCCAGUUGAAGAUAAAUUCACCACUUCUUUUGGUCAGCUGAUAAAUUAUAUAAUUAGUUUCAUGUUCUCUUCAUGUGCAUCGCUGAGAAGCACGUUUGAUAAGAGUGAAGAGUGAAAUUAAGGCAUUCUAUGUCCCGACGACCUCGUUUAUACUCUGAGGUACUAUUGAAGUAUUUUGGCGAGGUUUCGCGUUUCAACGCUUAAAUCAGAUUGAAAUAUUUCUGUAGUAGUGUUGCGUGCGGCUCUGACGUGCGUUGAUUCUUCCUCUCUCGACCGCCCCCAGUAUUGCUCUUAAGAUUCCAUACGCAAGCAUUUAGAGUUAGUACUGAUAAAUUUUGCCUGACUACUUGGAUCUCUUGAAGUUUAGAAAGACGAUUCCAAAUCAAAAUAUUUGUCGUUCUAGCAGCUAUUAGUGUUAGCCGUUUAGUAUAUUGUCGGUAGCUAUGAGAUUAUCUAAUUUUCGAUUUCCCGGUGAAAUUUGUUGUUCAAUUAGCAGAAUUUUAUCC